AUGAUGGAAGAGCACGACUUGAUAUCGGUAAACAUGUCUGAUCAUCCGACGUUUUUCACCACACGGGCUAAGGGAUGGACAGAUGUGUGUUUGGUUACUAGUGAAUUAGCGCAAAGUGUAAUAGACUGUGAAACUCUCCUAACUAAUACAGCUAGUGAUCAUAGAUUUAUUAUGACUCAAAUCAACAGAGUGAGAACUGAUAUUAAUUAUGGCUAUAUUAGUUCAAAACAUAUAAACUGGGAGCUGUACAGGAAAACUUUUAAUGAAAUAUGGUCAAACCACGAUUACCCAAAAAUUAAAAAUGUCAAUGAUAUAGAUAACUAUGUAAAAAUCUUAACAACAGACAUUCAACAAGCAAGAGAUAGAGCAAGGAAAACAACAACACGGAAAGCAAAAAGAAGUACACACUGGUGGACGGAAGAGUUGGACAAACAAAGAAAGAUGACAAAUAAGAUAAGGAAACGCUACCAGAGAAGUAUAACAAACGAACAAAAACAAAAACUAAAGGAAGAAUAUAGAAAACAACUAAGAAACUACAAGAAAUUGAUAAACACAACAAGAUCUAAAGCAUGGAAGGAAUUCUGUAACGAAAGUAAUAAUAGAGGACCAUGGGAACUACCAUAUAACCUGGUAAUAAGGAAGAAGAAAAACUCAAAAUUCCAGACAUUCUACAGGAAGCAAGAACAUAUGAAAUAG